CUCUCCCGGUCGCGAGCGAAAGGCCCCGGCCGCUAUCCGCCUCCGGUCCGACACCCAUCCGCACCACGUCCGCCCGCUCCUCCUCGCUUCGCCUUCUUCCCCGUUCUCGCCCCCCUUUCUCACCGUGUGCGACCACAGGACGUCGACGAGAGGAUAAAAAAAAGUGUGAUCUGAGUUAAUCGUUCUCUCUGCCACCCUUUUGUUACCCAAGUCCGCCUUCACCACCCUAAAAUGGAUUCCGAAAUCAAGUUCUCCAAUGAAGAUCCGAGCGUCACCCUAACCAUCCGCCUGAUUAUGCAGGGCAAAGAGGUUGGGAGUAUCAUCGGAAAGAAGGGUGAAAUCGUCAAAAGAUUCCGUGAAGAGUCCGGUGCCAAAAUAAACAUAUCUGAUGGCUCAUGCCCUGAAAGAAUCGUCACAGUUACAGGACCGACUCAGUCUAUCUAUAAAGCUUUUACCCUGAUCUGCAAGAAGUUUGAAGAGUUUGUGCAUCAGUUCCAAGAGAUGCAAAAUGGAAGCGGUUCGCGAUCGCCGAUCACGCUCCGUCUCAUCGUUCCCGCAUCCCAGUGUGGCUCGCUCAUAGGCAAAGGUGGCUCGAAGAUCAAAGAGAUCCGGGAGGUCACAGGUGCGAGCAUCCAGGUUGCAAGCGACAUGCUGCCCAACUCGACCGAGCGUGCUGUCACCAUCACUGGCACAAGUGAUGCCAUUACCCAGUGCAUCUACCAUAUCUGCCAGGUCAUGCUUGAGUCUCCGCCGAAGGGAGCGACAAUUCCGUACCGUCCGAAGCCGCAGGUAGCAGCUCCGGUGAUCCUGGCUGGCGGGCAGGCGUACACAAUCCAAGGGAACUACGCAGUGCCAACACAUGGGGAAAUGGGAAAGAUGGGAGGUAGCCCUCUAGCUGGACUUGCAGCCCUCGGCCUCGGCAGCCUCAAUUCUGCAAAUACGGGAGGUUUGAACCCAGCAGCUUUGGCUGCUCUGGCUGGGAGCCAGCUGCGCACAAACACCCCGAAUACAAGAAACCAGCCUGCAGGAGGUCAGCAGACUCAUGAAAUGACUGUUCCAAAUGAUCUUAUUGGCUGCAUCAUUGGAAAGGGAGGCACUAAGAUAGCUGAAAUAAGGCAAAUAAGUGGAGCCAUGAUCAGAAUUAGCAAUUGUGAGGAGCGGGAGGGAGGAUCAACAGACAGAACGAUAACAAUCAGUGGAAGCACUGAUGCCGUUCAGCUGGCCCAGUACUUGAUCAACAUGAGGAUAUCGAUGGAAACGGCUGGGAUGGCAAUGCAAGGUUAUCACUACAUCACUCCAAAUCACAUCGUUAAGCUUCCGACGCCGAUUCAUUAAUGACAUCCCGGCGUAAGUAUAACCAUUUCUCCGAUGUCCUGCUGAAGUCGAGUAAUACAAUCAACAUCAAACUGUUCCAUUUACUAUUAAAAUGUACACUUUCCUUAAGUUUGUUGAAUCGUGCUACAUCGUUUUAUUUCUCAAUUCAAGUAAUGCUUUUUAUUUUUUAUUAGAGCAACUUUGUUUAAGAGGAAAGGUUUUUCAUUUUUAACAAUCCUCUAGAAACUAGAGUGAAAUUGUUUUCGUCUUUUCGAAAUUAUUUAUUUAAGGAAAGUGAGUACAAUAUAAAAUGAGGGUGUAAUUUGAAAAUGUUUUUUAUUAUAUUUACAAAAAAUAAUUUUUUUUGGUAUUCCGAAAUGUGAAAAAUACAAGUCAACACCUAGAUUGUAAGCAAGUAUGCUUAAAAAGCAGUAUUCUAUAUGUUAAAAUGAGUUGGGGGGAAGAAUUCGGAAGCUGAGUGCCUGAACAUUGUUUUGACUUCUUUUUUUUCUGUUUUUUAUAUUUCACUAUUAUAUCAGAUUUAGUAUUUCUGUCAUUGCUAAAUGAUGUUAGCAAAAUGUUGGCUCUUGAAAAUGAUGCCAAAUAAAACAAAAACAAUAAUAAAAAAAACAUUGAAAGUAAUAAAUAAUCUACAAUAAUAAUAGUAUAAUCAAUACUAUGUGUUUAGAUUUAGGAUGUUUUAUUGAUUUUUUUAAUGUUUUCUGAGGGUGAAGUGUAGAAAUUUGGUGUUGUAUAUUAAUCUAAAAUAGUAUUUUUAAUGGAAAAGAGUCGAAUAGUGUUUUAAUUAAGCUUGGUAAUAGAACGCAAUCGGGUUUCAUAGUGCCAAGAAUGACAAAUUAAUUAAGCUUUUUGGGUCCAUAUUACAUAUUGUAAAAUAAAGCUUUAUGUUUUGUAUUUCAAUAGUUAUAGCAUUGAUCGUUAGGGUAAUAAAGUUGCCAUGGUAAUACGAGGUUAUAGUCGAAAAUUUUACAAAAUAGAAAAAGGAAAGCGUAAAAAGAGUUCAUUCGCCAUUUAUUUUUUUGAACUAAUAUUCAUACUAAUUAAGGGCGCAUUGAGGACAUUUUAUGUGAGAAUUACUGUGGUAAUUGAUGAAAAUCGAGCUCGGAUAGCCAAUACGAGCAGUAAGAAAUUUUGUGACCAAAAUUGGAAGAAAGAUCAAAUUAUAGGGUACAUAGACACAUGAACUAUUAGUUAUUGUAAAUAAAAUAUAGUGAUGAGUUUAAAUAAUUUUAUUUAUUGUUAUUUGCUUUUUGUCUUUUAUUUAUUUUUGCGGCAACUAAUUUGGUUUAGUCUUCCGUAUAUGUAAAUAUGGUUUGAAAAAUAUUUUUACUUUAUUUAUUUGUUUAUUUAUUGAAAAAAAUUUCCGUUUUUAUUUUACUCGCGGUAUCAAUCGAUCGCAUUUCUUUAAAAAGAAAAAUUGCAUGUGAUGCAAACAAAUACCAAUUUUCUAGGAAAUAAGUUGUUACGUUAUUAUUAUACAGUUUGUUACAUAUUUAAAUGAUUAUUGACAACCAUUUGAAAUUUUAAGAAAAGCCAAAUUUUUUGAAAUGUAAACUCUUUAAUUGCGCGAAGUUACAAAAAGACGAAGGAAAAUCGCAAUUUGUGCCAAAUUCGUUUGCAGUAUUCUGUACCGCUGUGAAAUGAUAAAUUAAUAUAAAUUUUUAGACUGUUUGACGGUAUUUGUGCCAAUUUUUAUGCUCAUACAAACAAGUAAAUUGUAUUGCUUCAACAAUUGCAAUUUUUGCUAUUACCAUGUACUUAAUUGAUUUAAUAUUUUUCAUUUACAACUGUGAUUUUUAAAACAAAAAAUUAUCAUUUCGGAUUGUUUUAAAUUUUAAUUUACUUUUUACAAUUUCGAGACAUAUCUUCAGUUAAUAACAUAUCAUAUUUAUAAUUUAUUUUCAGAAUAGGAAUUAUGAAGGCUAUUAAAAAAAAAUGUUUUUGAUAUUAUACCAAGGAAAAAUUGAGAUUAAAGAUGUGAACAGUCUUUUAGUUUUUGUUGAGUUUUUUGAAAACUCAUUAAAUAUGUCCGAGAAAUAGCUUAGGGAACGGAAAGACUUUACAGUUUACUUUGACUUAGACAAUCAUAGUAUUAACUGUAGGGAUAUUUAACAAAAAAAAGUUCUAUGAAGUCAUUGUCGUUUCUUUCUGCUAUUAGUAUAUUUCACAUUAGGAUUUAGUCACUGUAGUACUUGUUUUUAUUUUGUUCUUUUGCCUUUGUGGCAGCGAGUUUUGCUUUAAUCUUUAGAUCUUAGAUGACAGCCUGUCAUUCUUAUGUGCACUUUUUACAGAAUUUUGUAUAUUUGAGUGGAAUAUAGUUAUUAUGUUAGUUUUAUUGUUUAAUUUGCUGAGAAAGCCAUUUCUGUAGUAUUUUGUGAUAUGUAUAGAUAGGAUUUUUCUAGUGUUUUCUUUUUUUAAACUGUUUUAAAGUGUAUUUGAGUUGUUUUUAAUUUUAAAAAGGAAAACAAAUGUACAACUUUCUCAACCACCCAAAGCCAUAUCCAAAUGAUAUCACAUUUUAUAGAUGUUUAAAGAAUUGUAUUGGAAAUAACGUACAGGAAUACCAUAUCUCUUGGGCAUUAGAAUUAUUACAUGUUUCGUACUGUUGUUUGUUAUCUUGGGAGAAAUAUAUUUGUUAAGGAGAAGGAACCACUAAUAAUUUAAACAAUUUUUGUGAAUAAAAAAUAAUAAAAGAAAUUAAUAUCAAAGGUAGCACAUAAAAACAAAAAACAACUCAAACAUUGCAUAUCAAGUGUCACAAUGUGCUGACAAAAAUUUCAGUAAGACUGCUUCAUAUUGUUUGUAAAUAUGUUUUAUUUGUAUUUUUUUUUAACACAAAACUGAUUUUCUGGUUCCCUGAUAAAGAUAACGAAUGUUGUUAAACCAUGAGUCAGCAUGUUCAGAAUAUUUUCAAAAAAUCGAAAAUUUUCUUUUCGUCUGAAAGCGAAAAUUAUUUACUGUUAUUAUAGUUUUCCCCUCCUUGGAAACUACCAAAGUAAAGAAAACGAGGAGUAUUAUCCAAUCAUAGGGAAUGUAUUGUAGGUAAUAAAAUAACGAGCUAUAUCGAUCUAUACAAGUUCUUGUUAAAUCAGCUUACCAAAAUAAAGCAAAUAGAUAUAGAUGUAAAAAUUUUAACUAGUAUAUUUUCACUUAUAUCUGAAUGUGUGCACUGUUCGUUUAUAUGUUUGUAAAUUAAUCACAUCACCCCCUCCCCUUAGCCCAUAUUGAUUUGAGAGUAGGAAAUG